AUGGUUGAGCUUCAGCCGAUAUUCAAAAAGGCGUAUUUGGCCUUGGUAGCUGGGGGCAUUGCAUAUGUAUCAUGGCUGUACGCUAUGACAUAUCCAAGCUUUCAAAGAGCAGAGCAUGAGGGACUUCUGAAUGAUAACUGGUCAUACGGACCAGCAGAAGACUACACCAGCACGGUAGCAUACAAGCUACUCAGCGAGAAUCCUAAUGCACGGGCUGUUGUGAGUUUCCACGGCAAUGCAGCUCAUCUAGGCUCUAUCAUCCGCCCAGACAUGUACCGAAUGGCUUUGGGUGUUUCUACUCCAGAGCACCCUCUUCACGUCUUUGCCCUUGACUACCGAGGAUACGGCAUAUCUACAGGCACUCCCACAGAAGAAGGAGUCAUCACCGACGGCGUCACACUACUCAACUUCCUCACCUCUAACCCAUUAAAAAUAUCGCCUUCACGUAUCGUGAUCACUGGACUGAGUCUCGGCACCGCAGUAACCUCCGCAGUCGCUGAACGCUUCGCUUUCGGCGCCCCUUUAACAGCCACCGUCCAACCAGCACUCAAAGACCCCGAGCCGUUCGCUGGUAUCAUUCUGGUAGCAUCUUUCAGCAACCUUCCUGGUCUGAUUGAAACAUAUAGCGUCAAAGGUCUUACACCACCGAUGCUAUCACCGCUGAACAGCUUUCCGCAAGCAAAGACAUGGAUCAAGUCUCGAAUAGUCGAUACUUGGAAAACUAAUGCCCGUCUGGCACGCCUUACAGGUAUGAAACCGAGUAAAAAUGACGAGGCUGAUGAAAGACAUGCUCAGAAGGAGGUGGACAUCACUAUUAUUCAUGCACGCAAUGAUGCUGAGAUUCCCUGGAAAGAAGGGUUCACAAAUUGGAUGUGGGCGACUACAGGAGGUGACAGCCUUGACUCCGAUCAACCUCAACAAGGCAGCAUUGUCUAUGAACGGAUUGAAGACGGUGGUAGAACGGAGACCAGAGUCUGGGAGAAAGAUGUCUCAUCGCCUAGCGGCAGCAAGAAACGAGUGAAGCGCGUGAGGUGGGAGAAAGUUGGAUAUGGAGGUCAUAAUCAAGUCGGCGCUUACUCGGUUGCGGCCCUGGCUAUUCUGCGCUCGUUUGAGGAAUAA